CUAUAUAAGAACAAGCCUGGACAACUUCACUACAGAAUUCUCCAAAGACUAUCUCCUCCCAUUAAACAUUGCACAUGGCUUCUCAUCGCCAUGUUCUCUUGUAUAAGUUGUGGAUUUGCUUUAUCACUAUCCUAUACUUCACUGAAACAUUAUCACAAACCGACAAUUAUAUUGUUCAUAUGGAUUUAUCCGUGAUGCCCAAAUCCUUUUCAGGCCAGCAUCAUUGGUACUUGGCCACUCUUGCUUCUGUAUCUGAUGUCGCUGAUAGUAGCACCGCCAGGGCUAGUGAAGCCACUUUGACUGCCUCUUCUAAACUUCUUUAUAGUUAUACUCAUGUUGUCAACGGUUUUAGUGCUAGUCUCACUCCUUCUGAGCUCGAGGCUUUAAAAAAGUCUCCAGGCUACAUUUCUUCCAUUAAAGACUUACCUGUUAAACAUGACACAACUCAUUCACCCAAAUAUCUUGGCCUUACACCUCAGUCCCCAGCAUGGAAGGUGUCGAAUUAUGGUGACGGUAUCAUUAUUGGGUUGGUGGACACAGGUGCCUGGCCAGAAAGUGAGAGUUACAAUGACCAUGGAAUGCCUGAAAUUCCAAAGACAUGGAAAGGAGAAUGUGAGAGUGGCACUCAAUUCAACUCCUUAAUGUGCAACAAAAAGCUCAUUGGAGCUCGAUUUUUCAACAAAGGCCUGAUCGCAAAGAAUCCCAACAUCACCAUAUCUAUGAAUUCAACACGCGACACGGAAGGCCAUGGGACCCACACAUCUACCACAGCUGCUGGAAAUUUUGUGGAAGGUGCAUCAUAUUUCGGCUAUGCCAAAGGAACUGCUAGUGGCGUGGCUCCACGGGCACAUGUAGCCAUGUACAAGGCUCUGUGGGAUGAAGGUUCUUAUACAACCGAUUUAAUUGCUGCAAUUGAUCAAGCAAUUAGCGAUGGUGUAGAUGUAUUAUCUAUGUCAUUGGGCUUGGAUGGACUUCCUUUGAAUGAAGACCCUAUUGCCUUGGCAACAUUUGCAGCCAUAGAGAAGAAUAUAUUCGUGUCUACUUCUGCUGGAAACGAAGGGCCUUUCCUCGAGACACUACACAAUGGCAUACCUUGGGUGUUAACAGUUGCUGCUGGCACUAUGGACCGUGGAUUUGAUGCAGCUUUGACACUUGGCAAUGGAAUUUCAAUCACAGGCUCAUCUUUCUAUUUGGGGAGUUCAUCAUUUAGCGACGUACCAAUCGUUUUCAUGGAUGACUGUCACACAAUGAGCGAAUUGAUUAAAAUUGGACCGAAGAUUGUGGUCUGUGAAGGUGCGUUUGACAGCAACGACUUAAAUGACCAGAUUGAAAAUGUCAGCAGCGCAAAUGUUACUGCAGGUGUCUUCAUAACAAAUUUCACAGACACUGAGGAAUUCAUCGGGAAUGGAUUUCCAGUUGUGAUUGUGAGUUUAAAGGAUGGGAAAACCAUCAUAGAUUACAUCAAAAACAGCAACAGUCCACAAGCAAGCGCAGAAUUUCGGAAAACAGAUCUGGGGAUUGAACCAGCUCCGAGACUCACUAGUUACAGUUCUAGAGGGCCAUCCACGAGCUGUCCUUUGGUCAUGAAGCCUGACAUUAUGGCUCCUGGUUCACUAAUCUUAGCUGCAUGGCCUCAAAAUAUUGCUGUGGAUUCGAACAAUUCACAGCCUAUGUUCAGCAAUUUCAAUAUAUUGUCAGGGACAUCCAUGGCUUGUCCGCAUGCAGCUGGAGUGGCUGCACUCCUAAGGAAGGCACACCCUGAUUGGAGCCCAGCUGCAAUUCGAUCAGCCAUGAUGACCACUGCUGAUACAAUGGAUAACACUAUGGAACCUAUUAAAGAUAUUGGUUUUGGUAAUAGAAUAAAUCCAGCUACCCCUCUAGACAUGGGAGCUGGACAAGUUAACCCCAACAAAGCUCUAGACCCGGGUCUCAUUUAUGAUGUUAAUUCAACUGAUUAUGUGAGAUUACUUUGUGCCACAAAUUUCACUGAAAAACAAAUCCAAGUUAUCACAAGAUCAUCUUCUACCGAUUGUUCCAACCCAUCCAGUGACCUCAACUACCCUUCUUUUAUUGCCUACUUCAAUGAGAAAAAAUCCCCAUCAAAUCUGACCAUUGUGCGAGAAUUUCAUAGGACAGUGACCAAUGUUGGAGAGGGAACAUGUAUUUACACAGCAAGUGUGACUCCCACGAGGGGCUUAAAAAUCAAUGUCAUGCCAGACAAGUUGGAGUUUAAGACAAAGUACGAGAAGCUAAGCUACAAACUGACUAUUGAAGGUCCAGCACUUCUGGACGAAACAGUGACCUUUGGUUAUCUCAAUUGGGCUGAUGCUGGGGGUAAACAUGUUGUCAGGAGUCCCAUAGCGGCAACAAGUUUGAGCCCAGAAUUGUCUUCGAAGAAUUAAUUAACUGACUUGUAUACUCUACAAGUUAACUUAUAUAGCUUUUAAUAAAUUAUAUAUAAUUGGUGAAGGAACUUUCGUGGAAA